UGAGUCAUCAUGUUUAACGCCAAAGAAUGGUCGCUUUGCAAACCCAAAUUGGCAUUUAUCUGUCCUACUCAUCCUCAUCCCCAUCCCAGAUUCCCAGCUGCCCAGCUGCAGCAAUCGUACUAUAGUACUAUACCCCCCAAACCCCAGCACCAACACCCAAACCAGAAGUAGAGCGAUGAGAGAGAAAAAGCCACACAAUUUCAUCCAAUAAUACGACAAUCGCCUUUCGUACUCUCCUGAUUUUUCAGAUUACGCACCCACAAAUAUACAUACACACACAUUCCCUCAACAUUCACCAAUUUUACCUUCCUCCAUUUCUCUUUCUUUCUCUCUCCUCACUACUCUGUAAUUCUUAUACUGAAAUUUUAAAAAAGUAAUCAAAUUAUGCAGGUUGGUCUUCGUCCAAUUCCCAAAUGGUUGGAUGCUCUGCUUCAUGAGAAAUUCUUUGAGCCCUGUUCGGUACACUCUGAUAUUUCUGAUAAGAAAACUGAGAAAAACCUCUUCUGCUUCGACUGCUGUGCUAGUGUUUGUCCUAAAUGCCUCUUUCGCCACCGCAAACACGUCCUUCUUCAGGCGAGAAGAUAUGUGUAUAAUGAUGUUCUUAAAUUGUCUGAUGCUGAAAAACUAAUGGAUUGUUCUGGUAUUCAAGGAUACAUAACAAACAGUGCAAAAGUGGUAUUUUUAAGGCAAAGACCAAUGAGUCGAUUAUACAGAACCCCAACUUCUGGAAACUUCUGCUCCACCUGCAAUCGUAGUCUACAAGAACCUUUCCUUUUCUGCUGUCUCUCUUGCAAGGUGGAACAUAUAAUUGCAACCCAAGGGAGCUUGAGAAUCAACGUUUCAGAUCACAAAAUGUUGGGGUUUUCCGACAUUGACGAGUUUCAAGUUGUUACGCCUGACUCGGUCCUUGACUCGCCCGGUUCGAUUCCCACUUCAUCCGGUUCAACUUCAAGCAGUGACCUUCGAACCGCUCUGGUUUGUACUGCGACUACAGAGAUUGUGAGGAAGAAGCGGAGUAGUCUUUCAUGUUCACCUCGACCGACUUUGAACCAGCCUUCUGUGUGUCGACCACCUCAACCGGCUGAUCACAAUCAUAAUUCUAUGAACCGAAGAAAAAAAGGCGUCCCGAACCGGUCUCCACUCUGCUGAAAGAAAGUAAAGUUUCUGAACAGUCUCACCAAAAAGAAAGGAAAAAGAAAAGCAAAAAGAAUUUUAUGAAGAGUGAAGUAAUUGGUUGGUUUUUCAGUAAAAAGUUUUUACUAUUUUUAGGAUGAGGGAAGUAAAUUUUUAUUACUUUCCUAAUUUUGUAAAUGAGAUUGAAAAAGGUUACUGAUUUGGCACCUCUAUGAAGUAAAUUUGAUUCAUUAGGGAACCUAAAUCCAAUUGGUAUAGUUAUCGA